AAAUAAAACAACUUCCAAUACACACGAUAUGACCACUCGAGGUAAGUCAGGUAUUAUAAAACCAAACCCAAAAUAUGCUUAUGUGGCUCAAGUGCAGGAUAUUCCAAAUGAGCCAAAAACUGUAAAAUCUGCUCUUAAGUAUCUAGGAUGGUUAAAUGCCAUGCAAGAGGAACUAGAAGCACUCCAUCCUAACAACACAUGGGACCUUGUCCCAUAUUUUCCGAAGAUGCAUGUCAUAGGAUCAAAGUGGGUGUUCAAAACAAAAUUGAAGGUAGAUGGAACUCUUGAAUUGCUCAAGGCACGUCUUGUUGCCAAAGGGUAUAAUCAAGUUGAAAGUGUUGAUUUUUCUGAAACUUUUUCUCCUGUUAUUAAACUAACAACUAGUAGAAUUGUUUUAUCUGUUGCUGAAGUUAAAGGAUGGGAUAUUAGACAAUUAGAUGUAAAGAAUGCAUUCUUACAUGGUAAACUUCAAGAACUUGUGUAUAUGACCCAACCUCUAGAUACAGAUUGGGCUGGUUGCCCAGCUACCAAGAGAUCUACAAUAGCUUUUUACACCUUUAUUGGUAGUAAUUGCAUCUCUUGGAGUGCAAAGAAGCAACAGACAAUAGCUCGAUCGAGUGAAGAAGCAAAAUACCGUGCAAUGGCCUCUACAACUGUUGAGCUCACUUGGUUAUCUUAUAUCCUUUGUGACAUUGGUUUGCAUCUUCCCCAACCUAUCACUUUAUUCUGUGACAAUAUGAGUGCUCUUCAUAUGUCUAUCAACCCUAUCUUUCAUGCUCGCACCAAGCACAUCGAAAUAGAUUACUAUUAUGUUUAUGAACAAGUUGCUUUGGGAUUACUUAUUACAAGAUUCAUCUCUUUAGAUUAGCAAGUUGUCGACAUCUUCACAAAGCCUUUAUCCAAGCAUCGGUUCCAGUCCUUAUGCAGCAAACUUGGUCUGUUGUCAUCUCCCUCGACCAAUUUGAAAGGGAGUGUUAAAACAAAAAGACAACUAGUGCAAAGUAGAAGAACAUUUGUUUCCUUAACAAGAGAGCAUCUAGACGCACCAAAGGAGAAGAUUAACAAAUGACAAAAAUUGCG